AUGUUCAAACGUGAUAUACGUUUGACGGUAGCCCAGGAUGCACUGUGCGGGGCCGUCAGUGGGGUGACGGCGCGGACGUUAACGGCACCCAUUGAUGUCACCAAGGUCCUCUACCAGGUUGGCGUUCCCGCCGCCGACCGUUGCGCAUUCGUUGGAGGCGGCACACUCAGUCUAGUAAGACACGUGGCUGUAAAUGAGGGCGUCCGGGGACUAUUUAAAGGAAAUUUUACAAGCUGUUUGAAAAUGUUUCCAUCAACUAUGGUUCAGUUUGCGACGUACACGAGCCUGAAAGGUUUUAUCGGUGGUGAGAAGGGAUAUUUGACGUUGACGGAAGUGACGUGCAUUAGCGCCGCCGCCGGAUAUACUUCAACGAUAUUUACUUACCCACUCGAUACUAUUAAGACUCGUUUGAUUGCACAGUCAAGCGGAAAGAAUCAGCGAUUUUACAAAGGAAUUCUGGAGUGUUGGCGGCAUCUUCUCCAAGUGGAGGGGGUGAUGUCUCUCUGGAGGGGCAUGUCGGCGGCGUUGCUGGCUACUAUACCAUCGACGAUGGCGCUGUUCCUGACGUACGAGCUGAUCCAGCUGCGAUGGGCGCCGGAAGUGGUAGCAAGCGCCGUGAACGAAACAUUUCAGGAAGGGAUGCGGAUCGAGCACGGGAUCACGGCGGCCCUCAUCUCCCUCGUGUGUACACACCCACUAGACACGUGCAGGAAAAAGAUGCAAGCGUAUUCAAGCCGCCUGGAGUGCCGAGGUGGGGUGGAUUUCCAUGUGACGGGGCUGCGUCAAUGCUGGCUGCACGUGUGGAGAACAAAGUGGUGGCUUGGGCUCUACGCUGGCUUUGCUCCAGCAGUUGUAAAGCUAAUGGCGUUCAACUUGAUCCUGAUGUGGACGUACAUGAAGUGCAAGGAGGCGUGUCUCCGCUAUAACGGUGUGGCCACUACCGGCCAUGUCCGCUACAUCACCGACCACGAGGAUCUGGAGUACAUACUACCGGAUGUGCCAGCGAGCGAGGAGCAGCCGACGGUGGCGGAUAUGCAGCGCUACAUAGAGGAACAAGAGUACGUGCAAGCCUCCGCGCGCCACAGCCGCUUCCCCCGACUUGCCAAGCACGUGUUCCGGAAGAAACCUGCAUCGAAGCCUCUUGAUGACGAUAAGGCUUGA